CAGUUCGGGCUGCUCCUCCCCAAACACACACGCACACACACACACACUCUCUCUCUCCCCCUCUCUCCCUCUCUCCCUCUCCGUCUUGACUUCGUGUCCUUUUCUAUCCCCGCUUGCCUUUCCCUCCUCCGAUCAAGAAAAACCCCUCAAAAAAAUCGAAAAAAAAUUCUAAAUAUCUGAGAUCUCCCCCGGAUCCCCAGUCCUUGUUCUCGUAACUAUCCUUCAAAAGCUCACAGUAAAAGAGGAAGGUCUGUUGUUGUUGUAGUCGUCGUCGGUGUUGUUGUAACCGCUAGGGUUUGGACUUUUGCGAGAAGAGAAGGGGAGGAAAGAGCAGAAAAAGGAAGGUAGCAUAAGAAAAAGGUUAUACUUGGUCUGAACGAUGGCGCAGGCUCCGAUGCAGCAGCAGGCUCUGAACGGGACGGUCAACAACGGCGGAGGCGGCGCCGGGGGGAACCAGUUCCCGACCACGUCGCUGUACGUGGGGGACCUUCAGGCGAGCGUGACGGACGCGCAGGUGUACGAUCUGUUCAGUCAGAUCGCCCCGGUGGUGUCUGUUCGGGUGUGCCGCGACGUCAAUACGCGCCGAUCGCUCGGCUAUGCUUAUGUCAACUACAGCAACCCCGUCGAUGCUGCAACGGCAUUGGAGGUGCUGAACUUUACCCCACUUAACAAUAAGCCUAUUCGCAUUAUGUAUUCAAACCGUGACCCUAGCAUCCGCAGAAGUGGGGCGGCCAAUAUAUUUAUUAAGAAUCUAGAUAAAACGAUAGGCAACAAAGAUCUACAUGGGAUCUUUUCAUCGUUCGGCAACAUUCUUUCUUGCAAGGUUGCAACAGAUGCAUCUGGCCAGUCGAAAGGCUAUGGCUUUGUUCAAUUUGAUCAAGAAGAGGCAGCACAGAAUGCCAUCAAUAAGUUAAAUGGCAUGCUUGUCAAUGAUAAACCAGUUUUUGUUGGUCCAUUUCUUCGCAAGCAGGAAAGAGAAAACUCCUUAGACAAGACAAAAUUUUCUAAUGUCUUUGUCAAAAACCUCUCAGAGUCAACUACAAGGGAAGAUCUAGAAAAAAUAUUUGGCAAAUAUGGGAAAAUUACAAGUGCCGUUGUUAUGAGGAAGGAGGAUGGAAAAUCCAAAUGCUUUGGGUUUGUCAAUUUUGAAAACCCAGACGAUGCUGCUCGAGCAGUUCAAGAACUCAAUGGGCAGGAAUUUGGUGGGGAGGAGUGGUAUGUUGGAAGGGCACUGAAGAAAUCUGAAAGGGAACAAGAACUGAAGGAAUUUUUUGACCAGAGGGCAAAGGAUACAAUGGACAAAUAUCAAGGACUUAACUUAUAUUUGAAGAAUUUAGAUGCUAGCAUUGGAGAUGAUAAGCUGAGAGAAUUAUUUUCUGGUUUUGGUACAAUUACUUCUUGCAAGGUUAUGCGGGAGCCCAAUGGUAUAAGUAAAGGUUCUGGGUUUGUUGCUUUCUUGGUUGCUGAAGAAGCAGCUCGAGCUCUUGCAGAGAUGAAUGGAAAGAUGGUCUAUGGGAAGCCACUUUAUGUUGCACUUGCACAACGUAAAGAAGAUAGAAGAGCUAGGUUGCAGGCACAGUUUUCACAGAUGCGGCCUGUACCAAUGGCCCCUACUGUUGGUCCUCGUGUUCCCAUGUACCCCCCUGGUGCUCCUGGUCUUGGGCAACAAAUAUUUUAUGGUCAAGGACCUCCUGCCCUUAUUCCACCACAGCCAGGAUUUGGCUUCCAGCAACAGCUUAUCCCUGGAAUGCGGCCUGCAGGGGCACCUAUGCCAAAUUUCUUAGUGCCCCUUGUCCAACAGGGGCAGCAGGUGCACCGUCCAGGGGGUAGACGAGCUGGAGCAGGACCUGUACAACAAACACAGCAGCCAAUGCCUCUAAUUCAGCAACAGAUGCUUCCAAGGGGCCGUGUCCAGCGCUACUCUCCUGGCCGCAACAUGCCUGAUGUUCCUAUGCCUGGUGUUGUUAGCGGUAUGCUCUCUCCGUAUGAGAUGGGAGGGUUGCCUAUGCGAGAUGUUCCCAUACCACAACCUAUUCCCAUUGGGGCGUUGGCUUCUGCACUUGCAAAUUCUACUCCUGAGCAGCAAAGGAUGAUGCUCGGUGAGAGUCUGUACCCACUCGUGGAGCAACUUGAACGUGAUCAUGCAGCCAAAGUUACAGGAAUGCUACUGGAGAUGGACCAGACUGAAGUCCUGCAUUUGCUGGAAUCUCCGGACGCCUUGAAAGCCAAAGUUGCGGAGGCACUGGAAGUUCUGAGGACUGUGGCACAGCAGCAGCAGGCCACUGUUCCCGCCGAUCAGUUGGCGGCAUUGUCGCUCAAUGAUGGCCUCGUUUCUUGAGGCAACAGAUAGUCUGAGAUUUCACUCGAAGCUGUUUGGUUGUGGAACCCACUAGUGCAUUUGAGUUUGGUUUGGUUUCUAGUUGGAACAUAUGUUGUGGGAUUGGGUUUCAGAUUAUGCUUCCGAUGACUUGGUCUUGGUAGAAUUCUCGACUGUAUCACCAUAGACUGGUGCGGUGUGUCUUACCAUGCGGUUGCAGGCUGACGUGAUCAAACGCGGUUGGUAAGUUGGUGCAUUGCUCUCAUUUUCUGAUGGGAUUUGUGAUUGUUCAA